AUGGCUUCGAACCCGUCUCUUCUCCCUGAGAUCGGACCCGACGGUCUCGCUAAAGAAGCCCCCGUCAUCAGCUACACCGAGAAGGUUCUCUCCGUCGCCAUCAUUGAAGCAGAACAGCUUCAAUUGCAGAAAUACAUUCAAGAAAACUAUUCUAAAAUUCGUGAAGUGGAGCGUGAGCUUGCAAAUCUUUCACUGGAGAUGAAACUUACAGCUGGGCCCAAAAAAGCAGCACUUGAACAUUUGAGAAAGAAAAUAGAGAUAUCAACAGAAAGAAUCCGUGGGGCCAAGUUAAAGGAAGAACAGGCACGGAAGGUGUGGGAAUCAGCCUCACAAGCAGUAAGAGAUGAGGAGGCAAUAAAACAAAAGCUAUGUGAAGACUUGAGUAAUCUGGUUCAAGAAAGCAGUAACUCUCAGUUUGCUAGGCUGGAGGAAUUAAAAAGAAGAUUGGAAGCUUUGAAUCCAGGUCGCGCAUCAGCUAAUAUUUCUCAUGAUGGGAGAUCAGGAGCUUCUUCUCAGGAUAGUGCAACCCAGCAUGGUUCCUCUGUCCCCAAUGCUAAAGAAUUAAAUGAGGGAUCAACCGAGAGCGUGUCCAACAAAAGUAAUGGUCAGAAAGUUGCAGUGACAAAUGGGCCUAAUCAGCAGUCACAUAAUGAAGGCGAAGGAAAAACUAAAAGGAAAGUCAACUUGCAACCAAAAGGAAAGGGAAUUGGUGCUGUGGCCAAGGGUAGAUCUUCAACUCCUGGCUGGACUGGGGCUGGCUUCGAUGUAGAUGGUAGAACUUAA